AUGUCCGAGAUUCUGCGCAGUACACGGCACGUUGUAUUCUUGGAUACCCCACACGUGGGAGUUGGCCUCGAGGCGCUCAAGAGGCUGAACGGGGGACAUCUGAGCGACCAUGUGACAUCUCAAUUUGGCCUCUGGUCGCAAAAGCUUGAAGAGCAAGCUAAGCGUUUUGCUAACAUCGCUGAGAAUUUCAAUAUAUCGUCAGCGUGUGCUACCGUACUGGACAGUGAGGGUGCUAUGGAAAAGCUGGUAGCUCCAGGUCACUCCGCUCAUACUUUGGUACCUCACGAAAGGAUCUUCUACAUGGAUCGAGCUCGCCACGAAGACAUAUGCAAAUUUCCCAACAAGGACCAUGUGAACUACAGACGCCUCCGGGAUAGGAUCAUGCGGGGCCUUGCCGUUAUCAGGCGAAACGAUAAACGGAUUGGGGCUCUUCGCGACUGGCUCGGCACCAUAGAUAGCAGCAAUCUCGAGAAGCAUAAGGAGGCCUGCGAGAUCAUGGAUAAACAUCGAGGGACCUGCGAUUGGCUGUUCAACGAUGCUGCAUUCCAAGCAUGGACUGCAGAAUCGAAAUCACACGCAUGUCUCUGGCUCACUGGGCCGUCCGGGGUGGGAAAGACGUUCCUGAGUUCUGCAGCCAUCAAACAUAUCCAGGAGCUGCCUGAUCAACCUGGUACUGCCUUCGAUUUCGUCGAGUUCGAUGUCGCUUUUCAAAAGCCGGAGAUCCUUCAACGAUUAGCAUCGCGACUGCUGGACAGAGUGAUUGAUCGUGACGCUCUGACCGAAGCAGCUCUUGAUUUCAGAAACAGAGCUAAGAACGCAGAGGAGAUGAAGAGUCUAGUUGUGGAGCUACUUCAUGCAGCAGCGUCAGUCGGACGAAUCUUUGUCUUCAUCGAUGGCAUCAACGAAGUCGCCGGAAAGACACAUUACGAAAAGGAAUACCGCAACCAAAUGGACAGGGAGGAAAAGGCUGCGGAGGACGUCAUCAAGUUACUGAUGGAAUGUGGUCAGAAUGAACCAAAUGUCCGGCUCUGGUUCAGUAGUCAGCCAGACGACAGAAGCAAAGGAUGGCUACAUCAAGAUAUCGCGUCUCCAAAUGGCACAAUCAGUGGUUUAUCUGUCAAGGAGCUGGCCAUCCCUGCAGCAGAGUCUCGCGUUAGUGUGAGUAUAUUCCUGAAGGCUGCAGUCGAAACUCUGAUCGGCAAAAAAUAUGUGGGAGAGAAUGCGCCCCUCGUUUCAGCUAUCGGUAGAUUGCGCAUACGAGCUAAGGCUGGAGAUAGCUUCCGAUGGGCGAAAAUGAUGGCAGACGCUUUCAAGGACUGCCCGAACAUCGAUGAAAUCGAGGCGAUGCUGGAACAAGACCUAUCAAAUGACCUUUCGCAGCUUUACCACAAGUCGCUCCUGCGGCUACAAAACAUGGACGUGAUUGAUCAGGGAAAACGCCCAUGUACAGGCUACUCUCGAGAGAAGUAUUGCAUCUCUAAGAACCUCAACCAACUAUUGAUCAAAAAGAACGCCCUCGAGUUCCGGUGCGGCCGUGACAACGUUCACGAUCACGAAUUCAUACAGUAUGCCGCAAAAUACUGGUAUCGACAUAUAGACGACCCUGAGCCAGAUACGCAGUUCUCAGCCCUCGUCGAGCGCUUUGUGCGAUCUCCCCACUUUGUUACGACUAUACAGGUGCAGAGCCUGUUUGUUCCUGGGCAUUUCAUUCAGGACUUGGAUUGCGAUGACCCUGAAAAGAGGACCAUCAAGAAGAACCUUCCUGACUUACUGGAAUCGGGCGCUGAUAGGAAACUGUGGAGAGACUACCAUGAGUUCCUGGCAGAAUGGGGCAUAUUCUUACAGAGGGGUGUGACCGAAAACGUCAACGGCGAGAUGAGCCGCUGUCUCUGGAGCACGCUAAGCACGGCGAACUACUUCCGUCGUCACAAGCAUCUGCAGCGGUUCCAAAUGGCGCUCAUACUCGAAGAUGGGUCAGGACCAAGCGAAACCGCAGAUAGGGCUUUGUACGAUGUGAGCUUCACAGAUGAGCUGAACGUCACUGUGUGGGGAAUACAAGGAUCUGGGUAA